AUGGAGGCUGCGGUGCUGGGUCGGGAGGGCGGCGGGCAGGGACCCCCGCACCACGAGCCCAUCAGUUUUGGCAUCGACCAAAUCCUCGGCGGUGCCGAGCCCCCGGUAUCGGUCCGAGCGUCGGGGGAGUCUGACUACGGACUCUACAGCGGCGGCUACGGUCCCGCUUGCUCGCUCGGUUCCUACAACCUCAACAUGAGCAUGAACGUGAGCGUCAACGUGACCCCCGCGUCCGCCGCACCGCCCGCCGGGGUCAUCCGCGUCCCGGCGCACCGGCCUGCGCCCGCCGCUCCACCCGCCGCGCCUCCGCCGGUGCCCGGGCUCUCGGGGCUCACCUUCCCCUGGAUGGAGACGACGCGCCGCAUCGCCAAGGACCGUCUCUCAGCGGCACUGUCGCCCUUCACGGCGACCCGGCGCAUCGGGCACCCCUACCAGAACCGCACGCCGCCCAAGCGCAAGAAGCCGCGCACGUCCUUCAGCCGGGUGCAGAUCUGUGAGCUGGAGAAGCGCUUCCACCGCCAGAAGUACCUGGCCUCAGCUGAGAGAGCCACCCUGGCCAAGGCCCUCAAGAUGACGGACGCCCAGGUCAAGACCUGGUUCCAGAACCGCCGCACCAAGUGGAGGCGGCAGACGGCGGAGGAGCGCGAGGCUGAGCGCCAGCAGGCCAACCGCCUGAUGCUGCACCUGCAGCAGGAGGCUUUCCAGAAGAGCCUGAGCCAGCCGCUGCCCCAGGACCCGCUCUGCAUGCACAACUCCUCCCUCUACGCCCUGCAGAACCUCCAGCCCUGGGCUGAGGACAACAAGGUCACCUCUGUCUCAGGGGUGGCCUCUGUGGUGUGA